UAUGGCCUGUAGGUCUGAUAGUGAUGACAAGCAUUUUCGUGAGUGGUGAAUGUAAUAUCCCAAAGGUAUAAAAACGGAAAGCUCACGUAAAGACCCCAUCUAACGACAUCCUCGCUUCGUGAAGGCCAGUCGCUUAUUCUUAUCGUCACCAUGGCAACCAAAAAAAUCAUUGUUUUCCUCGGUUCAACUCGCGAAGGCCGUCAAGGCGAAAAGGUAGCUCGUUAUGUCCAAAGUGUGUUGGAAAAGACUGGAUUGUCGGCUAAAAUAUUCGAUCCCCUUGAAAUGGACUUUCAAGUGCUUAGACAACCUCUGCAUUUCAUGAAAGACAAAAGUGCUGCUCCAAAGUGGCUAACCGAAGCUAAUGAAGAAAUAGCAGCAGCAGAUGGCUUUGUUGUUGUCCUAUCUGAAUACAAUUGUGGCAUCCCGCCAGCUCUAGGCAACAUGAUGGAUCACUUUCCACCAAGUUCUUAUCGUCACAGACCUUGCAGCAUUAUAACCUAUUCCAUGGGUGACUAUGGAGGAGUCCGAGCAGCCACCAUUGUCCAGCCUUUCUUGAGUGAACUUGGAAUGAUUGCUCUGCCAGUUCGCGUUUCAUUGCCAACAGUUCAUAAAAAGUUCGAAGAGGAUGGUCAGCCAAACGAUACACGUUUCCAAGACAAUGUUCAGAGACUAGCCACUGAAUUAUCUUGGUACGCCGAUGCCUUGAAGAAUCAAAAAGCCGCAUCAGAAAUUCCUAAAUAAGAUUUAAGUUAAUCCGUCCUCAAACUACGUCAGUCGCAAUUUUCAAUCUCCAGCAACAACAAAUUUUUUUACAAAUUCAUUCAUUAAUCUGAGCCCAAUACACUAAAUGCACCAUGCUAAAUGUAUCUCUUGUCAUUAAAUGCAUUGUUUUUGUUUUCGUGCUCGUCA